AUGGCUGCCGGAAGGUUGCUGCUCUACACGGGCCUCUCGCUAGCGCUCUGCGCCCUCGGCAUGCUGGCCGUGGCCAUCUGCUCGGACCACUGGUACGAGACGGACGCCAGGAAGCACAGGGACAGGUGCAAGGCCUUCAACACCCGCCGGGUGGACCCCGGCUUCAUUUACAACAACAACAACAACUUGCCGCUCCGGGCCAGCCGCUCGCGCCUGGACCGCUGGGAGGGCAAACUCCUCCGGGCCCGGAACCGCCGGCAGCUCUUCGCCAUGAGCCCGGCAGACGAGUGCAGCCGGCAGUACAACUCCACCAACAUGGGCCUCUGGAGGAAAUGCCACCGGCAGGGAUUCGACCCCGAGAUCGCCGCCCUCAUUCGGAAGGGAGAAAUUGAGCGAUGCACAUACAUCAAGUACCACUACUCCUCAGCAACCAUCCCCAGGAACCUCACAUUCAACAUCACGAAGACCAUCCGUCAGGACGAGUGGCAUGCCCUGCACCUGCGUAGAAUGACGGCUGGCUUCAUGGGCAUGGCAGUGGCCAUCAUCCUCUUCGGCUGGAUCAUUGGCGUGCUAGGCUGCUGCUGGGACCGAGGCCUUAUGCAGUAUGUGGCAGGGCUUCUCUUCCUCAUGGGAGGAACCUUCUGCAUCAUUUCACUGUGUACCUGUGUGGCUGGGAUCAACUUCGAGCUGUCGCGCUACCCACGAUACCUGUAUGGACUCCCUGACGACAUCAGCCAUGGCUAUGGAUGGUCCAUGUUCUGUGCAUGGGGGGGCCUGGGACUCACACUCAUCUCGGGAUUCUUCUGUACCUUGGCCCCCUCUGUUCAACCUGUCCCGAGGACCAACUGCCCUAAAUCCAGACCCGAGAAUGGGACAGUGUGCUAAAAAAACAAACCCAUACACACACACACACACAUAUAUAUAUAUAUAAAUAUAUAUAUAAUAUACAUAUAUAAAACAAAGCUAAAUCAAGACGACGCCAGUGCCAAGGUAGAGUUGAGUUGGCUCAGGCACCUGCAUCUCACCGGACUUUGUGUUGUUUCAUCACCAAGAUGGGGACAGUGUUCCCAUCCUGUGGCUCUUCCAUCAAUUCUUGACUUUUGGCUUCAUGGUUUCUUGAAGACAGAGCAAACGCCACCACUUGUGAUAGCACCUUGAUCCCCGUCACUCUUGAGGAUGUGGUGGUGAGCUGGAAGGGACAGUGGCAGUGGUCUGAAGCAACCCAGGUGUAGAGAAGGAAGUGUCAUGCUCUGGGCCAGCAAGAGAGGACAUCACCCCCCAUUCAUCUCCCAGGGAAACGUGGCCCCUAGUUCACAGAAUGUAGCCACGUCUCUGAGGCUAUUUCAGAACCAUUUCAUUUUCUGCUCUUCCUGUUCUGAGCUCCUUCUGGCCCACCAGCGACACACACGGAAUGGAUGAGAAAACAAACAGGAAAGCAAAUUUUCUCUUUGUGGCCAAACUUUUGGACAAAGUUUGAGAGGUGGGAAGGAGAGAGAACACUCUGAGAGGCACGAUCCACAUCGAUAAAAGGACACUUCGGUGGAUGCUCAGAAAACCCAGUCUUACCUUCCAGCUGCCUUACACCAGUUAAACAAGAGGCCACCCUGUCCUCCCUGCUGCACUCCCUGGGCAGAUCGGAGCCUUGGAGUAAUGCUGUGAUGUGUGUGUGUGCGCGUGUGUGCUUGUGCGUGUAUUUUGGGUGGUUUUCUUUUUCCUUUCCACCUUUUAAAUGAAAAUAUUGCAUUAUGACUGUUGUCUAUCACUGUAGUAGUUUUGUGGCCCAAGAUGGAGGCCAGGAGACCUAAGAAGUACCAUGAGGGGCCAGGCCUCUAUGGGUGCCAACGCUGCAGCUGCAGAUCUCUGAGGGGGGAGGGAGAGGGAGAAGGACAGAGGGAGGAAUGAAUGAAUGAGGUGGAUGUUUUCUGAGUGUGAGGCUUUAUUGUUUGUGUUGCAUUUUUAAAAAAAUUAUUUUUGGUACAGCUCAAAUUCCCAGAGGGCAGAAACGAGAACAAAACCACUGGGCCAGAGGACCCUAUGGUUCUUCACAUUGCAGUCUGGGACGCCACAGGAUUUAGUCCUCUUAAUUUUGGAAGUUCAAGACACAACUGGGCACAAAACCCAUGAGAGAAGAGGGGGAACACACGGUUCAGGAGGGAGAAGGAAUGUUGCCUCUGGUUGCUGUUGUACAAGUACGUAUAACAAACAAGACCUUCACUCCCCAUCACUGGGGCUGUCCUUUGUCACUGGACAUCUACCCCUUUCCUAGGGGUGACCUCUGUACAGAUGAAAGGAAAUGGGUCACAUGCAGAAAGCACCUCCAUUUCCCAUAGGCUCAAGUUUGUAUGAUACUGUGUAAAUUUAUGGAGAAAUCUUGACUCUUUCCAUCCUCCUCCUUUUCCUCUUGAUAUUCAAGGGCAUGAAUCCCAAAAUAGCUGUCUUAGUGGCUAGCACCCAAACAGAGGCAGAAUAAACCACCUGUCUCAGGCCCACUUGAGCAAAUUGGCAUCACAAGUGCCAGUGAGGGAAGUCAGCCAGAGAGCUGUGAAUGCCUUAGGGCUGCAGCAGCUCACCAUCACCCCAGAGGCCCAGCUGCUGCCGAGCAGCCCUGGAGGCAUGACAGAACCCACAGCCUGGUGUAGCCAUGGUCACACAGCGGAGCAUCCGGUUAUUUCAUAACAAACAUGCUUUGGGAACUUUGCCAACCACUCAGCAGCCUUCCUUCCCCAUGUGCUCUGUUUCAUCUACGUGUCUUCCGGCCUAUCUUCCUGCCAGUCUCCCCCAGACCCCGCCCCUUUCUCACCUACUAACCUCUGACUUUCUCUUCUCUCCACCAGGCAGUAAGUCCUGCCUGUUUCAUCUGCUCUUUUGGACUGUGUAUGUGUGUAACACAUACCCAGAUAGGACAUCUGAUGCGAAUGAAUGGGUUUGAUGUGGUUCUGUGUGAGUGCGUGCGUGUGUGUGUGUGUGUGUGUGUGUGUGUGUGUAUGUGCGCCUCUAUCUGGUGCAUCUUUAUGUUUGUAUCAACUCAAGACUUCCUCUCCAGGAACCCUGGUCAGCUUCUGUGAAAGGUCCCAUGCAUGAGUGCCUGGGUAUGGGUGUGCAGGGCCAUGGGAGUGAGCUGGGAAGCAAGAAGUGCUAUUGGCUUCCAGUUGAGAAUUCUGGAGUUAUUUUUUAAGACAAAGGAUUUAUUGUAUGAGAAGGGAAAUGAUUUGCAAGAAAACCCAGUUUUUCCAUUGGGAAUUUUAUUUUCUGUUUUUGUUUAAGGUUAGAUUUCACCCUUAAGGGGAAGGGCAUACUUGGGCUUGAGGAAAAGUGAAGAAAAGCAACUUAGAUUGAGAGGCCUUGUAUUUGAGACCCUUCCAAGCAUCUCGAAAAAAAGCAGGGACAAGAAGGUGUCCACAAGCUUCCGUUUAGGUGAAGGGGAUUGUCUGUGACUAGAUGCAAAUUCCAGUCAUUUUCCAGUUGCAGAAAGGUAGAGGAAAUAAUUCUAAAGGGGAUGAUUCACUAUCAACCAUAACAUAAGUAACCACAUUUCAAGAUACUGCCUCUUAGACCCAUCAUUAUUUAUACCUUUUAAAAAUUCCAUACUUAACAUAAAUAAGUCAUGUGCUCUAUCCAAUUAUUUAGCUUUGUGUCAGACCUUUGACAAAGCUUACUGCAUCCCUUUGAAACUUGAACGUCCCUGAAAUGUGUAAACCAUCUGGCUCCACUCACAGUCAGCAACGCAGGGCCAUAGAGUGGCUUUUUUGAUAGUGGGUUCAGAUGGGUACAAAUACACGUGCUGGGGUCUACUCCUGCUUGGGUGCAAAAAACAUUCCCAACCACAUGGUCAGGGUGGAAGCCACUGUAGACCUGGGCCAAUGGGAAAAAUUCCAAGAUGACUUUGAUCUUUCACACACAGGGGUUUGACCACAGAUAAAAACCUGCACCUCCAAGCUGUUACUGAAGGUUUCUGGCUGUGAGGUGGCUGAGAAAGAAACAAUGGACAAGGAAGAAAAGAUCCUUGACUUGUGAGGCUCUAGGUCAAAUGCUACUAACUUCAAAUCCAAGUCCCUUCUCAGGGGAGUUAGGACCAGUGGCCUCAGUAAGGCUCCCAGUUCCAAUUCAGGUCAAGUUCAAAUUCCUUAUAGUUGUGUGUAUGCAAGGUAUAUACUCAAGCAAGUGCUGCAAGCUCCAUGCAAGCCAACCUCCUUCCUUCCCUACUACAUUAGGGAUUUGGGAGUCUGGGGUGUCUCCUAGAGAGAGGUCCUAUUUCUUUUUUCUUCUUUUGGAAGGUGUGGUUUCUCUAUUUCCUUUUCCUCUCUCCCCACUCACUUCUAUUUUCCUUCUGCAUCUGCUUUCAUCAAUUAAAUAGUUAAAUACUUCUUCUCUAGAGAAUAGAUAGAUCCCAAGCAGUCUCUUUGUUUGUUGUGGCUGUAGGUUUCAUGAGGAGGCCUGUGGCUCUCUGGCACCAAGAUAUAAAAUGUAAAAAAACUGUGCCUCUUCCAGCUUCAUCCCUUCCACAAGCCUCAGCCUUUCAACAACUCUACCCUUUCACCUCCAGGGAUCAUGAAGGCACAAAGACUGGACAGAAUCAAGUGGGGACCAGCCUUUCUUAACCUCAUGCCCCUAUGCAGCACCCAGGGCCCUAAGUGCCAUACUGGUGUAAUCUCUCACUAGGGGUUAGUGGAUCCACCCAGUGGUGCUGCCUUUCUUUCCAUAAGAGGAGAGGAUAUUGUGAUACUGUCUCAAUAUUUGUCCAUACUCAUGAUAAGAGGCCCAGUAGGAAAGUACCACCAUGUAUGAUUAACCCAAUUUCAUGGAAAGAUGUGCCAGUUGGAUCUCCAAAGCCACCUACCUGAGUCAUAUUCAAAAUAAUGAAAAAAAUACAGGACUCAGAGGCAUUUAGAAUGGACAAUCUUUACCUGGCUUAUGCUGAGAGCAGUAACUAGUUUUCAAAUAUCUGUUGGAAGUGGUGGGAAGAAAUACACCUGGUCAUCCUUCAGUGUGGCUGGUGUGGGGUACUCGGUUGUUUCUUAUAGUUCAAGUGAAGUUGGUUUUCUGUAAGUUUCCCUCUGUUCCAGGGACUAAGCAUUCCAGUGAACACAUCCAACUCUUUUCAGGGAAAUAUGAUGAGUCAGAGUGAGAGCUGAUUUUACCACAGAUAGAAAUAACUGGUGCCUACCAGCCGAAUUGUCUUUGGUGCUGCCUUCCAGCUGGUAUGUGACAGAGAAAAGGGACAGACUUUUAAGCAGGCCCACCAGAGGUGAUGCAUACAAAUGAUUCUGAUGUCUCUUGAAGCAGUUGACUUCUGAGGCUGUAUUUGUCUUCUUUUCAUUGAUGCUGCCGUGGUGCAAAAGGUUUUUGAAACAUUAUUCCUAGUUCUUAGAAUAUGUUAUUGGUUAUUGGGUUUUUUAAAUCCAAUGUAAUCAUGCACAUUGUAGAUUAGAAAAAUAAAAUGCAAUACAAAGAAUACAAGAUUGGUCAUAAUUCUAUCACUCUGAGAUGUCAUUAGUGUGCUCAAUUUUAGUGGCCAUAACCCCAAAUCCUCCCCAGUGAGUGGUCGUCUUUGGAUUGACAGAUGGGGCUAGGACUUUGAAUGGCCUCAGAAUCACACUGGCCUGUAUGGAGGAGCACAGGAGCAGCAGGAGCACAGGCUUCUGAGCCCCCAAGAUAGCAAAGAGGCCUUUGAAAACUCAAAGCCAGACUUAGAGGGCAGGUGGAACAGGGCGAAAAGAUUUCUGUUUGAGGGAAUUUCUCUUUCUUCCUCUUGCUCUUCUUUUUUCCAGGUACCACCUCAAUCUAAUCAUGGGUAUAAGAGCACUGAAGCCAGAGUAAGUCACUAAUUAAGCUCCACUUGUACAAUGCAGUUACUGUAAAUUUCAUUUCCGCUCUGCACUAAAAUGAUUUGUGACUCUGGGCACUGUGUCUUCUCCAUACUUGAACUUCCUCAUCUACAAAAUGAGGAUAGUGAUAACUCUUUACCUCAUGGUAUAUUAAAGGUGACAAAGAAAUUGCAAAGUGAUUUGCAAACAUGAAGUGUCACAUGAAUUAUGCACUGAUCCAAUUAUCCUGCAGCGGCAGAGUCCUCCCCACCCCCGAAAGGGAAUUCUCCGCUGUAGACUCUGUGCCUCGCUGCUGAAGGGAUAAUCUGGAGAGAAAGGUCAUCCUGGUUGCUGGUUGUACUUAGCCCACUGAAGCACAUGAGAUUUCUUUUUCCCUUCAUUUGGGGACUCCAGGGAAAUUGGCUCCUUCACUUACUUUAUCCAUUUCCAAACUUCCUUUGUCCAAAGCCAGUUUUGCAAGGGGUAAUCUCACCCGUCUUGAUUAUUCCCAGAAGUGAGGCAACAAGUAAACCACAUGAGGCAAAGAGCAUAGAUGAGCUGAAACAGUUGACUUUGAACCAAGGCGUGUGGUUAGUACCUUGUUUGUUAUUAACAAUUCUGGACAUUAUUUCUAGCUUAUUAACAAUUCUGGAUGUUAUUUCUAGCUGUACAUGCCCAAGUGGUGGGAAUGAAUGAUCCUGAAAGGUUUUAAUGAGGUUUCAAGUUUAGGGUGGGCUAGGAUCUGCUUUCUCUUGUCAGAUGGCAAAGCCAGUGACUUCAUCAGAAGCCUGUGGGUUUUUAUAAAAGUUCCCUGGAUGGCUCAUUCACUAAGACGUUCCAAGUAUGGAACAAACUGAGUCCUAGUUUCAAAAUGAGACAAGAAUCCACUUCCAAAAGGUUCCCCACACUUUCUGCUUUGCAGUGAAUCAAACAUCAAUAUUGUGUUGAGACUUUCCCUAAGGGGAGUCCAAGUCAUUGUUCUCUUUAUAAUGACAGCCCAGCCAGUAAUGGGGGAAACUGGCGAACUGCACGGGUGUUUGUCCAGUGUCAAGAAGCAGAACACUGCUUCAACCUGGGAGUUGCCCGGCGGCAGCUCAACCUGGUAUCUCUUACAGAUGCCAGCCUCCUACUCUUCACGCCAAGGAUUGGCGCUGCUCCCUAGGGAACCCUGUGUCCCCCUCUCUCUCCUGGAACCCAAGCUUUUCCUUUCCUCUUCGGGUGGCCCAGAGACCCCCUCUCAUCUGUGUGUGCUGGUGUGUCUGUGUCGUGAGAGUGAUGAGGCCUUUCACACAGAGAGCUUUUGCAGACUCACCCUUUCCCGCUUCCACCCAUGGUGUGACUGUUUUGCUACUCAAGACUAUCUGUAAAAAUGUACAAAUAAAAAUGGAAACUGAAUAUAAAGGGGAGGGGUAUGGCAACUACUAAGAUGCAAUGAUGUAGCCCUCAGUUUUCUGAGGACAUUAAGUGGACUGCCCUAGAAUCCUUCGUCUGGUGGCACUUGGAAAGAGGGACACCAUGGUGAAGGAGACUUUUCUAAUUGCUUCUCUGAGUCACUAGUGUCUGCUUAGAACUCUCUGUUCUGAAGGGCUUUGCCUUUUAAGAAAAAUAUAUCUUCCAAAAAGCAAAAGCAUAUCAUCCAAUUCAGAAGGGUGGAGGUCGAGGCAGAGACCAACACAAAGACCAAAUUCCGGGGUGGCGUCAGAAGCUUUGUCACUGGCUCACUUGGGCCUCAGGUGAGUCCUGUUACCUCAUGCUGUCUCCGUGUCCUCUCAGCCUAAUGGGCUAAGGGUCUCUGGGGACACCUGGACAUUAUGUCUCCUGGUCCAUUCUGCUGCUAUUUUCAGAGACUUUGUGCCCAUGCUGGUUGGUGUGUGCUGACUGCCUUGAGGUAAAUCUGAGAGUUUUUCUCCCUGCCACUCUUGCCCCACAUUUUCACUCCUCAGAAAGUAACCUCAAGUGAACAGCCAGUUUGUGCUCAGAGUUCAAAGCCUUUUUGUCGACCUUUUUAUUCUCAGAUGCCUUUUCCCACCCACUUUGAUGAUCUCAUUUUACUGUUUCUACUGACAGAGCUUUCUGUACUGGACUGGUAGGAGAAAGAGUAUCAAAGGAAAUGAUGGAUAUGAACUGCUUUGUAAUCUGUGACUCGCUCUACAAAUGUGGCUCUCAUAGUAUCAGAAGCAGGGAGUCUGGCCAAGGGAUACUACCAAGUGAGAAUGAAGAGCGGUGGUGGUGGAGGUUUGGAGACCAUGGUCUUCUGCAGGUUGGAGGUGGAGGUUAGAUGGAGGGACCUUCCCAAUAGAGAAGCAGCUGAAUCACCAGAAUGCCUUCAGUAUAGCGACAGAGAAAGCUCCAAAGCUAAGAGGAACCAGGAAAUGGGUAAUCCUCCGGUACAAAGGGCUGCCUGCCCCCAAGACCACCCCAAAGAGGGGAUCCACACCGAGCUCGCUCAGUGCCAGCACCCCUUCUGACUCAUGGUUAUAGGCACCUUCAGUCUAAACUUUCAACUUCUCUAAUGGCCCAUGUUGAUCAUCUCUGGGACCAGCUCCCACAAAGUGAUUCUGACCACUACUGUCCAACAGAAACAUGAUAUAAGCCACGUACGCAAUUUUAAGUAUCCUAAUAGCCACAUUUUCAAAAGUUCACUGAGACAGGUGAAAUUAAUUUUAAUACUACAUUUUAAUCCAACAUAGCAAAAAUAUCACCUCAAUAUGGAAUCAACAUAAGAAAUUAUGUACUUUUUAAUUUUUUUCAAAUGAGAUAUUUUAAAUCCAAUGUGCAUUUUAUGCUGAGAAAACGUCUCAAUUUAGACCAUCCACAUUUCCUGCACAUGGCUUCUGGCCACUACCUGGACAGUACAGAUUUAUUUUCUUCAUUAGGAAAUAAGGCAGGAUGUCCCUUAAUGGUGAGUCACGCAUGUCAUAGAUUUCAUCGUAGCUGACAGAGGCAGAAGGUGGGUUGGUUGAGAUAGAUAGCACACAGCUGUGUCCAGGCGUCUCUCUUGCUUUAUCUGUUUAGUGAGGGAGACAGCCACAGCUGUGAACAGCAUGUCACAUCUGCCCCAGAGGGCGCCAGCCCUAUCCCUGGGCAUGGCCCUGAGGACCUGUCCUAGUCCUAGAGGGUAAAGCAGGUCAUUUUCUUUGGCUGUAGGAGCAUCAGCCACUGCCCUCUCUUAUUCAGAUGUCCUUUAUCUCACAGGGAAGAGGGGCAGACAGGCCUUCUCUUUGUGAAGAGUAAAGCACUCCACAACCUUCUGAAUCUGGUGGUUGGUCACCUGCUAAGAACACCUCACCAAUAAUUGGAGCUGUUUUCUCCAUCCCUCAAUUUCCUUACAUUUUUAUCUGACAAUCGAAUGUUAAAAAGGAGAAACACUGGGAAGAGUGGCAGCCACAAGCUAAUGAGAAAUAAGGUCUCCUAGGAGGUAGCAGUGACAAGUUCUAUCCUUGUACUGUGACUUAGGCCACCACUGCCCACCUUUCUUUUCUACUUAGAGACCUCUCAUAGGUUUGAAGAAACUUGUUCAGGGGGAAAACGAUAAACAGUGAAAUCUUAGUGUAUAGAACAGAAUAAAAUACAAGCUGGGCAUUCUCACAGCUUUUCGAAGAGCCAGUGUGACAAGGGUUUGAUUCAUUUAUAAUAUUAUGAGCCUUGUGUUACCAAGCAAGAGAAAACGAGCCAAUUUGGUGAGUAUGUUUUAUAUAUGGUCAUUAGACAAGGGCCAUCACCGACAAAGCUCUCAAACACCUGGAGUGUUUAUGGUCCACCAGAUUAUUGCUCCGUCAAUAUAAAUUUACUUACCUUCACUUUAAUUUGCAUAGUGCUUUCUGAUUGGUUAGAUAAAAAGUGGUGUAUACUGCAGGAUUCUAAAAAUGACUCUCCCCUUGGAGGCAGCAAUUCCUGUGGAUAUUGGUGCUAAAAUAAGAUUAAAUAUUAUGUUAAUUUGUUCUUAUGAUGUGAAUAAAUGUAUUGUUUAAUCUUAACAAGAAUGCUACAUCUUAUCAGAUCUAUUGUACUGUCUGUUCCUUCUCAUAAUUAAUUAAUUACAGGAAAGGUGAUCCAAACCAGAUCUUGAAACUCUUGUGAUAUUCUGAGAGCAAUUUAGGAGGGAAGUGGGAGGGGGGAAUGAAAAGGGAAAUUGCCAGGUUCCUGUGACUUUGAAAGGACUGAGGAAGCAGAGAGCAUUUGGGGACUUCACUGAAACUGACUGCAUCUUGCAAUUUUCUUUUUCAAAUUGGCAGAAAUACUGUAUUUCCAUCGAUUGAAGAAAAAAGUGUCUGGUAAUUAAUUAAAUGACUUGUUCAUGGAAAAAAUAAAAAUAAAUAAUCUGUCAGUUGUGGAAUGUAAACUGAUUAAACAAUUAAAUAAAGAAGAUCA